UUUAUUUGAAUCAGGUGUGUUGGAGCAGUGAAACAUCUAAGACAUGCAGGGCAGUGGCUUCCCAGGACCAGGAUUGACAAACCCUGGUUUAGAUCAUGUCAGAAAAUAGUGAAAUCAGAGUUUGCCAAACCUCAAAUGUUUUGUCCAAAUCCAGUUUACUGUCAUGAUGGAAUACAGAAACCAGACCCAACCAAUCAGUCAUCAACAAUAAUUUUACAGUCUCCUGUCAAACCUGUGGCCAUGGACGAGUGUCGAGAGAUGACUACACCUGAGGGGACACCUGCUGCCGACGCGUAUCCCAGAAAAAUACUGGAAUAUAUGGAAGGAUUCCUCAUCUCAAAGACCAUGUUCACGUCCUGUGAGCUGGGUGUGUAUGAUGUCUUGCUUGGUGCAGGGCGCCCCCUGUCUGCAGAGGAGAUCAGUCAGGCAAUAGGAGCCAGUCUGGAUGGCACAGAGAGGCUGCUGGCUGCCUGCACAGGCCUGCAGCUGCUCAACACACACAAGGACGAUGGACGAGUGCUUUACAGUAACACAGAUCAGGCCAGUGUCUACCUGACCCGCUCCAGUCCUUUAUCUCUCUUCCAGUCCAUCCAGUACAACUCCAGGACCAUCUAUUUCUGCUGGCACCACCUGACCGACGCUGUCAGAGAGGGGAGAAACCAGUAUGAAAGGGCUUUUGGAGUCAGUUCUAAGGACCUGUUUGAAGCUCUCUACAGGUGUGAUGAGGAGAUGGUAAAGUUUAUGCAGUUAAUGAACUCCAUCUGGAACAUCUGUGGUAAAGAUGUGGUCAGGGCCUUUGACCUGUCACCUUUCAAAGCCAUCUGUGACCUCGGGGGCUGCAGCGGAGCAUUAGCCAAACAGUGCACGUCCUCCUACCCAGAAUGCACUGUGACGAUCUUUGACCUCCCCAAGGUAGUGCGUAUGUCGAGGGAACACUUUGUCAGUGAGGCCGACCUGAGGAUAAGCUUUCACCAAGGGGAUUUCUUCAAAGACCCCCUACCAGAGGCUGACCUCUACAUCCUUGCCAGAAUCCUCCACGACUGGACAGACGAACGCUGCAUAGAACUACUCGGUAGAGUUUAUGAAGCCUGCAAUCCAGGAGGCGGUGUGUUGCUGGUGGAGGCAUUGCUCCACGACGACGGCUCUGGCCCUCUGACAGUACAGCUCUACUCCCUCAACAUGCUGGUGCAGACAGAGGGCAGGGAGAGGACAGCUCCCCAGUACAGUGCCCUGCUGGCUGCCGCCGGCUUCACCAACAUCCAGCAUCGCCUGACGGGGAAGAUAUAUGACGCUGUGCUGGGACACAAAGAGGUACGAGACUAAAAAAUUCUUGGCUACUCUUGUGCCAGGAGUGAAAGCGUUGUAGUACUGUUAGGAUUUCACAGAAUAUAUAUUAUAUAUACCUCGGCCCGUACCAUAUCCAGCCAUCCGAGUUAGAAUAAAAAUAAUCCCAGUUAGGUGUGUUUCUGCUGUAAAUGAUUGGCUCUACACUGCAAAAGGUCAACCUCUCUUAGAGGGUGCAUGUGCAGCGUGAGCCUCCAGUCUUGCUGCUAAGAAGAUGAACCUCUUUGCAUAUCUACUCUCAUCACUCCUAAGUCCUAAGCCGUGUGCCUGAACCCCCUCGCCUCGUACCGGUCUUAACAGCAUAGUAAUCUUUGUACUGUGUUCUUUGUAAUGAUGGAUGUGACUCAAUAAAUCUUCUUCACAAUG